AUGAACCUGAUGUCAGAUUUCCCGGUCUCCCGUCUGGCAGAGUACCAACAAAAGCCGCCGUUAGAUUCCUCGCACCCAGUCGAAACGGUUGAAGAGAUCGAAAUUUCUCUCAAAGAGAUCUGGGCUGACGUUCUGCUCAGAGGCCCCGAGAUUAUAAAUCGGGAUGAUGGGUUUUUCCAGUCUGGCGGGAAUUCAAUACGCGCCAUGGAACUGGUGUCUGCUGCUCGUAAAAGAGAUCUUCACUUGACUGUUGCGGAUAUUUUCAAUGCUGGCACAUUUUCUGCAAUUGCUGCAUGCAUGAGGCCCAUCUCAGAAGUUCUCUCUCGGGAUUUGCCGCACGAGUAUGUACCUUUCUCCAUGAUGGGGGACGUAUUGAAUCAGCGCAGAACUUUGGCUCUUGCUUCUCAACAAUGCAAUGUGGAGCUAGAUGAGAUUGAGGAUAUUUAUCCAGCUACCCCUUUACAGGAGGGUUUGAUGGCAUUGUCCAUUCAAACGCCAGAUGCCUAUGUUUCCCAGCAUGUAUUCAGUCUUGCCUCUGGUAUUGACCCUCAACGUGUCCAAUACGCCUGGCAGGAGACCAUCAAAGCGAAUGCAAUUCUUCGAACCCGCAUGAUAACUGUCAACACUGGGACAUUGCAGGUUGUUCUACGAAAGGAGAUUGAAAUCUCCUCCGCUCAAGAUCUAGAGCAGUUCCUCUUAAUUGACAGAGGGCAGCUCAUGGGGCUUGGGAAGCCCCUUGUUCGACUUUGCAUGGUUUCGUCCUCAUUCUGUGUACUGACAUUACACCAUUCAAUCUAUGAUGGCGUUUCCCUGCGGCUCAUGAUGGACCAUUUUUACGAAUCAUACCACGGCCUUUCCGUCCCAGUGCCUGCUUUUGCUCCCUUUAUCGCACACAUUCAACGGCAGGAAAAGAAUAAUGAAUUCUGGCGGUCACGCCUUCUCAAUUGCAGUGCACCUAUUUUCCCAGCCCUCCCCGCCGCAGGGUUCGUACCCACCGCGAGCGCGUUCUUGGAGCAUCGUGUCACUGGUAUCCGUCAGAGAAGUGACCACACGACAUCAAACACGAUCCGCCUUGCCUUAUCAAUCCUGAUCUCUCAUUAUACAAACUGUGAAGAUGUUGUCUUCGGAGUUACUGUCAAUGGUCGUGGGGCACCUGUUACCGACAUUGACCGAAUGACAGGUCCAACAUUCUCUACUAUCCCUUUACGCUUCACAGUGGAUCCAGAACAUGACGUUUUAGGGGCACUGAGCCUGAUGCAAAAGGAUGCGGCUGACAUGAUUCCUUUCGAACAAGCUGGACUGCAGUUCAUCCGUCGAAUCAAUGAGGAUACAGAAACGGCCUAUCUGUUUCAGACUCACCUUGUGAUACAACCCUCCAGGGUCAAUGUCUCCAGGGAGGUCCUGGUGCCACAGAGUGGACGUUGCUUGGAUGAUGGGCAAAAUGCCAAAUUUGCCUCGUAUGCACUGCUUGUGGUGUGCACUCUGGAUGAAUCAUGUGAAGCAGUCGACAUCGCACUCAAUUACGAUCCACGUGUCAUGACUGGGGUUCAAGUACAGCGAUUUGUGCAGCAGUUCAGUCAUAUCUUGGUGCAGCUACAGGAUCCUGCUCCCGGACUGUGCCUGGGGCAGAUCCAGUGUAUCAGCCCGGAAGACCUAGCAGAUCUCCGCCGAUGGAACCGAGAUAUUCCAUCUACCUGUGAAAAGUGUCUUCAUGAUAUGAUUUUGGAGAAGUGUGUCUCGCAGCCUUUUGCGCCUGCAGUUUCUUCGUGGGAUGGAGAAUUUACUUACCGUGAAUUGGAACGACUAUCCGGUGCUUUUGCUCAACGGCUGCGAGACUUGUUCGUUACCACCAAUAGCAUGGUCCCUUUCUGUCUUGAUAGGUCCAAGUGGGCUGUCGUCAGCAUCCUAGCCGUUCUUCGAGCUGGUGGUACCUGUGUCUUGACAGACCCAAGCCACCCCCGAGCGAGAGUACAAGGGAUCAUUCGCGAAACUGGCGCCAAAUUGGCCCUGGUAUCCCCCAGACAUGCUAAUAUUCUCGAAGGACUAAGCUGUGCCGCUUUUGCUAUCUCUGACUCCACGUUCGAGAACCUCCCCGAGUAUGAGCCCGAGAUACUUCCAUCGGUCGCACCGGAGGACCCUGCCUUUAUUGUCUUUACCUCGGGUAGCACUGGCAAGCCUAAAGGUAUCAUUGUUGAGCACCGCAACCUAGCCACGUGUGCGAGAGACCAGUAUAGUCCAAUGGGAUACACGCCUGACUGUCGGGUUCUUCAUUUCGCGUCCUAUACUUUCGACUUGAGUAUCUAUGAGACGGUGAUCACCCUCAUAUUCGGAGGCUGUGUCUGUGUUCCGUCCGAGGAGCAACGCCUAACCGAUCUCGCCGGCUGCAUGAAGCAAUAUCGUAUCAACUGGACCUGUCUGACACCCUCGUCAUUACGUCUGUUCCGUCCCGAAGAUGUCCCUGACCUGAAAACAUUCUGCGUUGGCGGAGAGUCACUCACGCAAGCCCACGUGGAUGUUUGGGCAAGCAAGGUCAAGUUCAUUAAUUCUUAUGGGCCAGCAGAGACCUGUUUUUGUACAGCUGGUGUUGUUGAUCCGAAAACAUGGCUGCCGGGUGAUGUGGGUGACAUGUUUGGUGGACUCGCUUGGAUCACAGUGAUCAAUGACCCCAACAACCUUGCCCCCAUUGGAGCUAUUGGAGAACUAGUCGUCGAGGGUCCUGCGGUUGCUCGGGGCUAUCUCAACAACGAAGAGUUAACUCGUGCCGGCUUUAUUGAUGUUCCACCUUGGCUCCAGAAUUGGCGGCCAGGUAAUGAAACGGGCAGGUUGUAUCGGACUGGGGACUUGGUUCGAUAUGGUGACGAUGGAAUUAUCUGUUUCAUUGGGCGACGCGAUACACAGGUCAAGCUGCGUGGUCAACGUGUGGAGCUUAGUGAAGUUGAGUACCACCUCCACCGGUGUUUCCCUGGCGCUCACGAAACCGUGGCGGAAGUCAUUGUGCCUUCGAAUUCUGGAGGGCGAGCCAUUUUGGUCGCUUUUGCUUUCACCGGUGAUGCAUGCGAGAGCCGCUCGGCCACUUGCCUUGCCAUGCCGACUGGAAAGUUCAUGAACGCAGCGUCGAAUGCUCUGGCACAGAUUCGGGCGUAUUUGCCCGUGUACAUGGUUCCCACAGUUUUGAUCCCCCUUGCAACAAUUCCUUUGACUGGAACCGGCAAGAUCAAUCGACGAGAGCUUCGUCACGUUGUGGCUAGUCUUACUCGUGACGAGAUCAACUCAUUUGUCCCGUCCACUGACGAUGAAGAUACCACUUCCAAGCGUCCGCCAGGCAAUGAAGUUGAGCGAAAAUUACACUCUAUCUGCGCUCGUGUUCUCAACAUUGACUUGAAAGAGAUUGGAAUGGACGAUGACUUCUUCCGUCUUGGUGGUGACUCUAUCAGUGCUAUGCAGGUCGCAGCGAAGGCCAAGGCGGUUGGUCUUCCUCUCACUGCGACAGACAUCGUGACCCGCAAGUCUAUCGCUGGCAUGGCACUCUGCAGCGUUCAAUCGUUCCCAGUGGUGAUCCCAGACCAGGAUUCGAAUAUCAUGGCUCCUUUUGGUCUUUCGCCGAUCCAAUCUCUGUUCUUUGACACAAUCCAUGACAAUUACAGCUAUUUCAACCAAAGCUUCUCGCUCCGUCUGUCAGAGAAAGUUGUAGUUGACAAAUUGGAUGCUGCUUUGUGGGCUGUGGUGGCCCAUCACGCGAUGCUUCAUGCUCGGUUUCGCCGUGCUGAGAACGGGGGCUGGGUACAGCAAGUACAAAAUGACAUUCAGGAAUCCUACACCUUGACAUCUCAUUCGCUCCAAUCAACCGCCGGUAUUGGCCAAAUCGUUUCGGAGAGCCAGCAGUCUCUAGAUAUCUUCAGUGGUCCCCUUCUGCGAGCGGACUUGGUCGAAACGGAUGGUGGACAACAACAUCUCUUCCUGGUGGCUCAUCACCUGGUCAUGGAUUUGGUAUCUUGGAGAAUCAUCCUUACCGACCUGGAAGAAGCUCUCCACAAAGGAGGAGAAGUAUCGACAUCGCCGUCUCUUCCCUUCCCAAAGUGGUGCCAAAUGCAAGCAGAAUAUGGCAGGGAAAAUCUAUUGCCGGCAAACGUCUUUCCGUUCGAUCUUCAACCCACUGUGGAAGGAUUUUGGGGAGACGUUGAGAGCAAGAACACCUGGGGAGACAUUGCAACCCUCUCAUUUAACCUAGACAUGAAAACCACAGCUUCUUUAUAUAACGGGAUUACAUGCUUAGAUGGGCUCCAAGCCACUCCUUUGGAGAUCUAUCAUGCGGCUCUUCUGGUGUCCUUUGUUCGCACCUUCAAAUCUCGACCAGCCCCCAACAUCCACUGCGAGGGUCAUGGGAGAGAAGUUUGGGAUUCGUCUCUCGAUCUUUCCCGGACUGUAGGCUGGUUCACCACGAUCUGGCCUUGUCCGGUGCCUUGUGACAGCACGGUAGAUUUGCUGUCAGCUAUUGAAGCUGUCCAUGCAGCUCACGCCAAAAUGCCAUUUCAUGGUUGGGGGUACUUCACUUCUCGCUAUACCAACCCUGAAGGGCAAAAGGCUUUCCAGACACUCGCAACGCCGGAGAUUGUUCUCAAUUACUCCGGUCUCUACCAGCAGUUGGAAAGAAAGGGCGCGUUGCUCCAGCAGGCCGAAGAAUUUGAUGGAACAAACUCAGACAUAAUCAAGUCUGCACGCAGAUUUGGAUUGAUAGAGGUUUCAGUGAUAGUCAAAAAGGGAUGCGUGGAGUUUGACAUAGGCUACAACCGGCACAUGGAAAGGCAAGAGGAUAUCAAGCGCUGGGUGGGGGUGACGCGAGAAUUGCUGGUGGAGAUGGCCGAGUCCUAA